GCAAAAAUCUACCCUCUAUUAAACAACAUUUCGAUUAAGGACUUCCUUGUUUUAACAACCCAUUGACUCAUUUUUUUUCGGCACAGCCACUCAAAACAUUCAUGGAGGACAAGGCUGCACGGCUUGUGGCACGCUAUGACCGCCUGAUCGCGGCGCUGGGCGAGGACGCCUUCAAGGCUUCUAGCGGAGUGUGCGCACGAGUGGAGGACGCCUCUGCAGCUGUUACGGGGACUGAGAACGACGAACAGAGACAGAUAUUGCUUAGUGAAGCCACGGAUAAAUGCGUCCGUUGUGCGGAACUCAUUGCCAAGAGUCUGGAGGCGACUGCAACGCUGUCUAAACUCCAAAAGACGCUGAAGAAUGCGUACAGUCACAGCCAAAAUGGUCACCACGGUGAGGAUGAAGAUAUGGAGAGUGAGGAGGACGAACAGGAUGAAGCUACCACAUUGCUGCUGCAGGACCUCGUAGCGGCUGGGGACGAGGCGGAAGACGCCGCCAAGAAGUACGCGCGUAUGGGUGUCGUACGGAAGACGGCACAUGCUAGUCACGAGCUGCUUGCGUCGGCUGAGCACGAUCUACAGGAACACUUGUCAAGCGAAUCGGCUUCGGCAGGAGACGCCACCGUGCAGAACGAGUUCCGACAGCUGUACAUGGAAGAGUUCACCACUGCGUUUGGUGACGAGCUAGACCAGUUCCGUCAGGAGGAGCGCUUCGAGAGUAAAGAUGUGACCUAUUUAAUCUCCUGCAUCCACGCAGGCGGCGACAUCUUCACACCACUGCAAAAGAAACUCUUCGUCGAGUCCGUUGAAGCUAGCCGAGCAACAGAAUAGAGCAAUAGCAACUAGGACACGGAGCAGUAGAAGGCUAUAGAGCGUAAAAAUGCAUGUAUGCAGCUUGUAUUCCUAUAGAUCUGUUUGUGUUCCCCAUAACUACACGUAAACAGUGCUUGUACUAUAGUAAUUUCGUUUGUGAACAGGCAGCAGGG